GCAGAAGAGUCCUAGGGAGAUGAGGCUAUUUUUAUUCGAAGCUGAUACUUUUGCAUGAGCCACAAGUGCUGCUUGGAAAGGGCUCAGGUUGUUUCCAGGGGGAGAACUCUGCAGAGACAAAGUUCAGCAAGACAACAAAGGAGCAGCAGAAACAGCCAGGAAAACGAAGAGCCCUCCGGUUGUCCCACAGAACACCCCCAUCAGAGUUCUCAAAUCCUAAAGUGUUCUGCAAAGUGCCACUUGACCGGAACGUUUGGCCUGCCUUUUCCUUUCUGGAACCACCAUGACUGAGAUUACUGCUGAAGGAAACGCAUCCACAACUACGACUGUUAUAGACAACAAAAAUGGAUCUGUGCCCAAAUCCCCUGGAAAAGUGCUGAAGAGGACAGUCACAGAAGACAUAGUGACCACAUUCAGCUCCCCCGCAGCCUGGCUUCUGGUCGUUGCUCUGAUAAUCACGUGGUCAGCUGUUGCUGUUGUUAUGUUUGAUUUAGUGGACUACAAAAACUUUUCAGCAAGCUCUAUUUCCAAGAUUGCCUCAGAUCCUCUGAAAUAUGCACAUCACGCUGUGGAGGAAACCACGGACUGGGUCUAUGGCUUCUUUUCUUUGUUGUCUGACAUCAUCUCGUCUGAGGGUGAUGAAGAAGAAGAUGAUGAUGGGGAUGAGGACACUGAUAAAGGAGAAAUAGAGGAGCCUCCCUUGAAAAAAAAAGAAAUGCGCAAAGAAAAAAGCGAAAAGGAGGAGAAGCCUGAAAGGAAAAUACAAACAAAAGUUACACACCGAGAAAAAGACAAAGUAAAAGGAAAAGAAAAAGAAAAACCUGAAAAGAAAGCAACUCACAAGGAAAAAAUUGAGAAAAAAGAAAAACCAGAAUCAAAGACAGUGGCAAAAGAAGAGAAGAAAACUAAGACUAAGGAGAAGACAGAAGAAAAGACUAAAAAGGAACUGAAAGGUGGGAAACAGGAGAAAGUGAAGCAGACAGCUGCAAAAGCAAAAGAAGUACAGAAAACACCACCCAAGCCCAAAGAAAAGGAUGAGAAGGAGACCGUAGCUGUGUCCAAGCAUGAACAGAAAGAUCAGUAUGCGUUCUGUCGAUAUAUGAUUGACAUGUUUGUCCAUGGGGAUUUAAAACCAGGACAAAGCCCAGCCAUACCACCUCCAUUACCAACAGAACAAGCUUCCAGAACCACUCCAGCUUCACCUGCUCUUGAAGAAAAAGAAGGAGAAAAAAAGAAAGCUGAGAAGAAAGUGACUUCUGAAACAAAAAAGAAAGAAAAAGAAGAUGUCAAAAAGAAAUCUGAGAAGGAAGCUGCCAUUGACGUGAAAAAAAAAGAGCCAGGGAAAGCCCCUGAAACCAAACAAGGAACUAUAAAAGUUGCAGCACAAGCAACAGCUAAAAAAGAUGAAAAGAAGGAAGAUUCCAAGAAAAUGAAAGCACCUGCAGAAGAGCAAACCAAGGGAAAAAAACAGGAAAAGAAAGAAAAAGAUGUGGCACCAGCAAAGUCACCUAAGAAGGAAUAUUCAGCACCAAGUGAAAAACAAGUAAAAGCAAAAAGUGAUAGAACCAAAGAAGAAGUUGGUGCUGCCUCAACUAGAAAAGCUGUACCUGGAAAGAAGGAAGAGAAAACAACCAAGACAGUGGAGCAAGAAAUUAGAAAAGAAAAAUCUGGGAAGACUUCUUCAGUUCUGAAGGAUAAAGAGCCUGGUAAAGAGAAAGAAGUGAAGUUGCCAGCUUCCCUAAAGGAAAAAGGCAAAGAAGUCAAGCCUAAGCCUCCACAGACACAAGUGAAAAAAGAAGAGAAGCUAGAGCCACAAGCUAGAAAAGAAACAAAAUCAGAAAAAGACACAGUGAAACCAGAAAAGACUGUUUCUCAUGGUAAACCAGAAGAAAAAGGUGUCAAGCAGGUAAAAGCUACCCCAAUAGAAAAAACAGUCAAGACUAAACCAGCAAAAAAAGUUGAACAUCAAGAAAAAGAAUCUCCACUUACAAAAACAGAGAAAUCAAAACCAACUCUAACAGAAACAUCAGAAGUCAGAGAAUCAGAAAAACCUGCAAGAGUAUCAGAAGAUUUUGAAGAUGUUCCAGCUUCAAAGAAUGCUAAAGAAGAAGCUGAAGAUGUGUCUUCCACAAAGAAGCAAAAAAGCCCCAUCAGUUUCUUCCAAUGUGUCUACUUGAAUGGUUACAAUGGCUAUGGAUUUCAGUUUCCGUUCACUCCUGCACAGCGCCCUGGAGAGAGCUCUGGCCCACCAAGUUCUCCAGGACAGAAGCAACAAGGACAAUAGGCAGACAUGCAUGACCAUUAUACGGACUUUAAGAACUUCCAUUUGUCCACAGUGGGACAGGCAACUGAAAUUUAAAAAUUGGGAGAAUUUCUUUGAAAAUAUUUUUACUCUUCUGCCUGGUAUAGAAAAAAAGUGGGCAAAAGAACUGACUAAUAAGCAGACAUAUUGAAAGGUCUGGAGCUCAAGAAUCUGCUAUUUGUGUUUGUUGCUGGUGUGGGUAUUUAUAUUAUUUUCUAUUUCCACUCACUAUAGGGUUGUUCACAAAUUAAUUUGAAGUUUACUUAAUAAUGGUCUUUUAAAUGUAAUUGACAAAAUUACAAAAUCAGAUUCCUGAUUCAGGUAGAUAGAUAUUUUUAAAUGAAAACACAGACUAUGCCUUAAGUUUAAAGAGUACAGGAACUUACAUAAAAGCUACUGUUUUGUAUCAUUUAGGUAUGGAAGUUCAAUUUACUAAUAAGUCGAUACUUAAUAGUUCAAUUUUAUUUGUGUCUAUUUCUAUUUUAGUUGUGAAUACAGUGUAAGACUGGGUUACAGUUGUACCAAAGAGUGUUGUAGUUUCCUAGUGAUGCUCUUUUAGAGCUCAAAAAUAUCUCUGAACUUCAGACAUGACAAGAAGGAAUAGAAAUGUCUGAUGAAUCUUUAAGAUUUGUCUUGAAUUGUAAUUAAUACAUUCACUCUAGUGGAAAUACACUACCCAGUUAGGCAGGUCUGGUGAAUCAUUUGUGUAAAAUAUAGGCAAAUGAGAUGUAGAAUUUUCAGAUUUUUCCAGACUAUGUAUGUCCUAAUGAAAAUAUCCUUGGGUGAAAUUGCAGAUCAGUCACUAAAUUUGGGUGACAGAUGCAAGAGUAUUUUUAUUUCACUUUAAUAUAAUCCUUCAAUGGAAUUAAAUAUUUUCUUUCUCAAAAAGAAAAAAUAUGAAUGUCAUCAAACUUGAAGGACUACAUUUUAAACAUAAGCACAUCAUGAUAUGUCUUACUUGAUUUUUUAGUAAUUGGUUAUCAAUGCCAAUGAAACAAAUACCAGUCUUUAACUUACUUGACGACACAUCAUUGGGAAUGACAAUUGUGGUUUUGCCAUCUUUUGUCUCCCAGUAAUAUAAACACUUGUGUUCUUUAUCACAUUUUCCUAUCAGCUCUAACAGUCAUGCCACUGUGAUCUUUUCAUGUUUACAGUUGCAACUCAACUUAUGUCAGAUUAACUCAGGAAAUAAAUUGAGGGUUUUUUUUCCUAGCAUUAUACUUACUUUCUGACAAGGUUGCCAGAGUCAAUACGAGACAAGGUGAUUUAUUUCCAAGGACUGCAACUAAGUCCUUUAAUUCCAAGAUUUACACCACUGGUUUACUAAAAUAUCAUUGACAAGGGCAUCAGUAACAUGUCUGUUACUAAUAGUGGAUUUUCAGUGACUUUUGUGGAAGUUAUAGGUCUCAGCCACAUGCUGAUGGACCUAGCUCACAGCACAAAGGCCAACAUUACAAUGAACCAAGACUAAUGACACUCCUUGUGGGGGGCCGAGCAAUGUGUACCGUCAGCACUGACCGGGUGAUACCAUCUUGCAGAGCCCCUUCAUGUAGCAAUGUAAACUUGUGGGAGGACAGUGGGUAGAGUUUAUUGCUCAUCUGCUCCUCCAGCUUGUCCAGGUUAGUGAGUAAAGGUAACAGAGAGAAAAGACAACGGUUUUUCUUAGAUUUCAUAGAACAGAAUGAUUUAGUCAUUCACUCGUUCUUUCUUUCAAUGAGUAUUUAUUGAGCACUUAGUGCACUGUGUUAGGCACUGGACACUAUCAGAGAAAUAUCAGAGAUAGAUUCUCUUCCCUGUAUUAUCCUCACACAUGUGGCCUUGGCAAAUUUACUAAAUGUUCUAUGCUUGUUUCCCAAAGUGUAAAAUAGGAAUUUCACAACAACCAACCUGAUACACAGGUAUACUGUGGACACUAACAACAUAUCAUAAUAUAAAUAUGACAUCAAAAUUAAUUCCUAAAAUAAUACUUUUGGAUGUUUUCUCUCUGAGUGCUUUUCUACAUAUUACUGUUUCUUUCUAUCUCAUUAUAAAAAUUACUUGAUAAAAAUUAAAAUAUGAUAACUUAUUAUAAUUAGAAUUUAGACAAAUGAAUUAGGAUUAACUAGUAAUAAUUAAUUAUUAAUAAAACUUGUUAAGGCUUAUCUGCUUAAAGUUACAAUGAUGAUAACAUAUGAAAAAUAUGAACAAAACUCUUUUGUUUGUAUGGUUCCACCAAAUAAAGUAU